GGGGAGCUAGAGUAAUUAGGGUUGAAAAUCGAGUACACUUUCCUCCCUUCCCUUUAUUGCGGAGCCCUUCUCAAUUAUCACCGUCUCUCAUUUGGGACCGAGACGGCACAUGUUCUUGAGCUUUUCUUCCCCAGCUACUCACUUGAUUCGGUUCAUGUCUUCAAAACCUCAGCGCGUUCGUCCCCUUGCAGAAACUUCCUGGCAAAGCGCACUGAAGAAGGAAAGGACUAUGGCAACCUCCAUCGCUACAGACACUCACAUGAAGGAUGCAUUCGCCAAGUACACUGAUUACCUCAAUGGCCUCAACGACAAACGGGAAAGGGUGGUAAAAGCAAGCCGUGAUAUAACUAUGAAUAGCAAAAAGGUCAUAUUUCAAGUUCACAGAAUGAGUCAAAACAAUAAAGAUGAAGUUUUGGGAAAAGCAGAAAAAGAUAUUGGUGCUGUGACUGCACAAUAUGUGUCACGUCUUGUAAGGGAGCUACAGGGUUCUGAUUUCUGGAAGCUGAGACGUGCUUAUUCUCCAGGGGUUCAAGAAUACGUUGAAGCUGUCACACUUUAUCAUUUCUGCAAGACUGGGACCCUUAUUAACCUCGAUGAGCUUAAUGCUAACUUGAUCCCAUUGAGUGAUCCUUCCACUCAGCCGCUGCAGAUUAAUAUACUGGACUAUAUUUUGGGGCUAGCAGACUUGACAGGAGAGCUCAUGAGGUUAGCAAUUGGGCGUGUUUCAGAUGGUGAACUUGAGUUUGCUCAUAAGAUUUGCAGCUUUGUGCGCGAAAUCCAUCGGGAGCUUACACUUGUUGCCCCACUUAUGGAAGACCAUUCCGACAUGAAAAUUAAAAUGGAUACAAUGCUCCAAAGUGUUAUGAAGAUUGAAAAUGCUUGUUAUGGCGUCCAUGUGAGAGGAUCUGAGUUUGUACCCCUUGAAUCGGACGGCUCAAGUUACCCAUUACCACUUGGCGUGUCUGACAUUAACUGAUGAAACUAACUCCAAAUUCCCAAUAGAUGAAUCUCGAUUGUCUUUUUCUCACUGUUUUGUUUCCAUUUUCAUUUCAUUAAUGACUAUUGGACUAGAAGUUAUCCCAAUCUGUUGGCCUACUGGUAAUGAAACCUAUUACGUGUUUGUAUUUGGGCCUGUUUUAAAUGUAAAGUUGAUUUGUAGCCCAGUGUUGCCCACUCAUUAAUUUAGUCUCUAACUGGAAUUACAAAUGUACAGAGUAUUAUUUUUCAUACUCGUAUCUUUUAUCUUUUUUUUAGAUGAACUCCUCUAUUUUUAAGAUUUUAUUGUGC